UCCUGUAAUAUUUGAUGAACUUUUAUCUUUUCUUGCUGUUCGUGCAAACUUAACUAUAUUUAGUAUAUCAAACUUGACAAUGCGAGAGCUUUUUGAGAAAACAGUUGGACCAUAUUGGGAUUCGCAUGUUUCAAAAUAUUUGCAAAACAAUCAUAUUUCACUUGAUGUUGUUUCAGUUAUAGAGAAAAUGCUUUUAGGUGAUUUAGUUAAUAAAAUGCCACGCUAUGAUCUUCAAGAUUUUUGGAAUGUACCAGUAAAAGCUUUAUUAUAUCAAUCCUCUUUUUACUUAAAAGAAACAGGAAUUGAAGAUGUUAUAAUCAUGUUAAAAAGUGUUUACUUUGAAAAUCAGAAAUCUGUAACUUUUGAAUUUCAAGGGAUCAAUAUUAGUCAACCGUAUAUAUUGUACAUAUACCCUUAUGUUAAAAAUGUAGUCAUAAAACUGCAGUUUAACCAGACUUUGCGCAUUAUGAAAGCUUUUGAAAUUACUUUAAGUCAGCUAGCCGUUUUAUCAUUUGACUCGUUCGAUAAAAUAAAUGAAAUAAUGGCAAAUGAAGUGUUCUGUAAAUUACAUAAACAAGGCUCUUCUUACUAUCACAAAGAAAUUUUAAAUAUAUUAGUUCGUAUUCAGAUGUAUAGAUCAAGUUUUUAUCAAUGGAGUCUUCUUUGUAACCAAAAUUCUUUGAUUCAUUCUCAGGAAGUAAUCAAUUAUAUCAGCAACAGAUGUUUCAAGCAAGAUUUCUCAAAUGUUGGAUUAAUUCUUUACAAUCUUUCUGCUGAAUAUGCAAAUGUUUUUAAAUUGUUGACCGUAGAAGAAUCUAGUAUUUUAGUUAACAGAACCUUGUUAAAUUCAAAUUUAAUUCCAGUACAAAACCAACUCGCAGAAAUGAUCAAAGUAAUGAAGAUUGUAAACACUGCAAAAUCACGUUGCAUUAUUUUUCUAUUAAACGAUAUCGGUCUAUCUUUAAAUUCGAUUAUUUACUUAACUAUAAGCAAUAUUCUAACACGUGUUCACGACCUUCCUUGGUCAAUAUUAGUAAAACUAUACGAAAUUGAAGAAUAUGUUGCUGUUAAGGCAAACUUUAUAAUUUUUCGAGAUCUACCAAAACUCAUUAGUGGAGAAAACAAAAUUCAAACAAUUGAUUUGAAAUUUUUACAACUUCAAACUAUUCAACUCAUUUUGAAUGCAUUAUCUGUUAAAAUAAAUGCCACUGCGCUGUCCAAUCAAUAUAAAGAUAUUUCUAUUUUGAUGAGCAAAUUUCCUUUAACUCGGUUUGCAGCUGUUUUUGAUUUAUCUCAUGAGUAUGUGAUAAACUCGACUUUAACAUCACUAACGUAUGCAUCGUUUAAUUUAAACUAUAAUGAUUUCCUUGAGAAUUAUGGUGUUACACCCUCUCAAUACAGUUUUUUUGACCGUACGACUAUAAAAGAUAUGGGUUUGUUGUUAAAACUUGAAAAAAAGGAUUUAAUUUUUUUAGCAAUAAAUCAACUCAUUGCAAGUAUGAAGUCUAAUAUUAUUUUUUUUAACAUAAUGCUUAUGACCCCGGUAAAAUUAGCUUCAAGUAAUAACAAAACUGUAAACUUUCAACUGAGCAUACCUCAAAUUGUACAUGAGAUAGGUAAUGGUGUAGUUAAAACUUUAGAUGAAUUCUUAAAUUUUAUAAAAAGGUGGUCUACUUCUGAGUCCGCUAUAAUAAUACUGACUGAAAAAGAUUUAAACGAUCUAGGAAUGCUCUUAAUGCGACCUACAACUGAAGUUGCUAACAUGAGAAUUGUUGAUGUUGUUAAUGCCAUUCUUGAUACAUUUGGUGAUCACUGCGAUCCACAAAACUUGUAUUGUAAAAAGUUACAAGUAUGCACAAAAAUGUCAGAAAAUGGCAGCCGAUGUCAAUGUCAACUUGGGUACAGAUUUUCUGGUCCUUCUGAAUGCUCAGACUUGAACGAAUGUUUAUACACAAAUGUCACUUGCCAUAAAAAUGCUUACUGCAAAAACACAGAAGGUUCUUACCACUGCUUGUGUAAAAUUGGGUAUAAUGGUGAUGGUAGGUUUUGUAACAACGUAAAUGAAUGCUCAAUAGGUACAUACAAUUGCAGUAACAAUACUUUUUGUAUGGACACAGAAGGUUCGUAUAAAUGUAUAUGUAAUAAAGGUUUCAUAGAAAACCAAUUCGGUCAAUGCAUUGAAAUUGAUAAAUGUGCACUUGAAACGUAUAACUGUCAUGUCAAUGGAUUAUGUAUCAAAACAUCAAAUAACUAUACGUGCCAAUGUCGCAAUGGUUUUACGGGAGACGGGACAACAAGUUGUUUAGACGUAAACGAAUGUGAAACUAAAAGUUACAACUGCACAGCAAACUCACACUGUUUAAAUACCAUUGGAAGUUAUUUGUGUAUAUGCAAUGAAGGUUAUUUUAAUGAUAAUAAGUUCUGUCAUCAAUGUUCUGACACUAGAUUCACGUGUCAUAAGUAUGCUGAAUGCUAUAAACAAAUAUAUAAUAACUUCUAUUGCGUUUGUAAGAUUGGAUUUAUUGGAAACGGAACCUUUUGUCAAGAUAUUGAUGAAUGUAAAAACGAAAAUAUAUGCGGAAUGGGGCAAUGUAAAAAUCUUAUAGGUAGUUACAGUUGUUUAUGUUACCAAGGAUACAGACUGAAUUUUGAUAAUAAAAGAUGCAUAGAUAUUGAUGAAUGUAAGGAAAGUUUAAAUUUGGGAAUUUUUCUCUGCAACAAAUCACAACAACAAUGCCUAAACAAAGAAGGAAGUUAUGCUUGCAUUACUAACAGCUUUAACAAGUAUGCCACAGUUGGACUCAGCAUAACAAUACCUUUACUAAUUGUGUUUGGCAUUUUGUUUUUUGGAAGUUAUGUCCAACGGAGAAAGAUAAAAGCAAAAAAAGAACUAACAAACUUUGAUCGCAAGUUACAAGAACUUUACGUCAACAGAAAAUCUGAUUCGGAGCGCCUAAAAUCAAUACAGAAGCUAUGAAUUAAAAAGAAAAAUAAAAAAAAAAGAAAAGUUAUGUACUUAUCAAAUUAAUUAGUGCUCACGGUGACAAAGUU